AUGUCGGGGGACAAGGAGACUGGAGAACAGCAGGUCGCCGCCGAUGCGCCUGCGCCUGCGCCUCACAGCCUCGACUCCGAAGCCUCGGCUGGACUGCCGCCCAUUGACCAGAAGCCCUUCUCUGAGGCUAUCUGGCCCGUCCUAGCUUGCGGCGCAGGUCUCUUUUCCGACGGUUACAUCAACAACGUCAUUGGCUCCGUGAACACUGUCCUCAGCUACCAAUAUGGCGACCUGUAUGACAACUCACAGGCAGCCAAAGUUGUGUCAGCUAUCGCAUUUGCUGGAACUGUCGUUGGCCAACUAGUCUUUGGAUAUACUGCUGAUCGGUGGUCUCGAACGAACUCGCUUCUGAUCUCUACGAUCAUCCUUAUCGUCUUCACGGCCCUUGCCGCUGGUUCCUAUUACCAUGGUGACCCGAUUGGCAUGUUCAACAUCUUAGUAGCAUGGCGAUUCUUUGUCGGUAUUGGCAUUGGAGGCGAGUAUCCUGCCGGCAGUGUAAGCUGCGCCGAGUCAACUGGUGAGCUCAAAGGAGGAACACGGAACAGGUGGUUCAUCCUGUUCACCAACUCGACGAUUGACUGGGGAUUCGUCAUUGGAGCAUUCGUUCCAUAUGUUGUGGCCGCUGCGGCUAAGAACAGGUACUUCGGUACUAUCUGGCGAACAAGCCUGGGUAUCGGUGUUGUCUUUCCGCUUGUCUUGUUCGUGCUACGUUUGAAAUUGAAGGAGCCCGAGGAAUUCUCUCGAAAUUCGAUGAAGAAUGCCCGCACACCCUAUAAACUGGUCCUCAAGUUCUAUGGCUUCCGUCUAUUCAUUGUUAGUCUCAUCUGGUUCGUCUACGAUUUCUCUACCUAUGCUUUCGGCUUAUAUUCUACGCCUAUUCUCGCCAACAUUUACGGCAGGGCAGAUGGUUCGAAGGCUCCUUUGACAACCGUAUUCGGAUGGAACGUGGUCAUCAACUUGUUCUACAUUCCUGGAACAAUGAUUGGAGCUCCUAUCAGCGACUGUCUAGGACCCCGCUACACUUUGAUUCUCGGUUUCGUUGCCCAGUCGAUUGUAGGUUUCAUCAUGGCCGGAACUUAUGCCAAGCUAUCCCAGCCCAGCGUCAUUGGCGGUUUCGUCGUUGUCUACGGUAUAUUUUUGAGUCUCGGUGAACUAGGCCCAGGAAACAAUAUUGGCCUGUUGGCUGCUAAAACUUGCGCGACCGGAGUACGAGGUCAGUACUACGGAAUUGCUGCGGCAAUUGGCAAAAUCGGUGCCUUUGUGGGCGUCUACGUCUUCCCCUAUAUCUCCGCAGCAGGCGGCAGCUCCGACAACACGGCUUAUUACCAAUACCCCUUUUUCGUCAGUUCUUCAUUGUGCAUUUUUGCAGCAGCUCUCGCCUUCUUCUGCUUGCCCAACGUUGGCCAGGAUACGAUCACUCUCGAAGACGAGAAGUUCCGCGAGUACCUGACCGCCAACGGGUGGGAUGUGCGCCAGCUCGGUCUCAAGGCGGGAGAAAGCAUCGACACGCUUCCGCAAGAGACAGCAGUGCAACAAAAGGACUAG